UUCAAGUUUGUUGUUGACGUUGAUUGCGAGAAGGACACGCUUCUGAAAAAAUAAAACGAAGAAGCUUAACACUAAUAUAAAACAACGGAAAGAAGGUUAAAUUCUAGUCAGAUAACAUUAAUCUGAUUGAAGACAUUGUAGACGAAGUUUCUUAUUUACAUCUAAUUGGAUAAUCGGAAAUUAAUAUUACGUGAUGACGAACUCUCUCACCUUGUGUUAUUUACUAUUUACGUUGAUAUUAUUCAAAAUUAUAAGUUUAAAUGGACAAUGUAUUUCAAACUCAUCACGGAUAUUUUUGGAAGACUUUAUGUACAAUAUAAGUGGGAAGGAAACGGUCACUUUAAAUAAAUUACAAACCUUUUUUAACCACAACACAAGUUUACAAUCAACCACUAGUAACACCAACAAUUUUACAUCAUGUUCAAGUUUGACGAACAAUGACGAGAGAAAAGACUGUGUUUUAAAACAUUGUGUUUCCAUAGAAGAUGUAUUGAAACUUCACUCCAUUCCAUUAAACAGACCAUUAACAUUAGAAGAUGUCAACGACAUUGCUCCUGCUCUGUUGUUUCAGAAAACGUCAUGUCAGGGGGUGGUGCAUAAGAAAGAAGAAGGGGGUCAUAAAGUUGAGGCCCCAUCAGGACAAGUUUGGGGAUUUGGGUUCCUGUUUGUGACAAUUAUAAAUAUAUGCUCGCUCUCUGGAGCUGUUGUUUUACCAUGUAUGAAGAAGACAUUUUACCAGAAAGUCCUUAUUUUUAUGGUUGGCCUAGCUGUAGGGAGUUUGGCUGCCAAUGCACUUUUGGUCCUGAUACCUGAGGCAUUAGGACUUAUGUAUACAGAGGACCAUGAGAUCAGAGACAACUAUAUAAUAAAAUCUGCUACUGUAAUUGCUGGAGUUUAUUUGUUUUUCCUCAUUGAAAGAUUUUUGAAAAUAGCUCUGAAAAUUAAACAGACACCAACUCAUAGUCAUGGACAUGAAUAUUAUGGAGUUCCUAAUGAGCCAAAUGCAGAGGAGAACCAGUAUCCAAGUAUUAAACAAAAUACACCCGUAAAUGUCAACGCUAAAUACAAAAAUACAAAUAAUUUACCAGUACACCUCCAUAUGAGUAAAUCAGAAUCGUCAUUUUCCAGUACUCGGCCAUUAGAUGAUAAAACUCCUAGCAUGGGAAGUUUUGACACACUGGAAGAUAAACUUGAUACAGAUGAACGCAGUUCCAAUAAUGGUGGGUUUCUAAAUGGUGAGGCCAAAAGAUCGGGAAAAAAAGAGAAAAAGCAAGUGGCUACGGUAGCUUGGAUGAUCAUAUUUGGAGAUGGUUUACAUAAUUUUAUAGAUGGUUUAACAAUAGGUGCAGCAUUUACAGAUAACAUAUUGGCAGGGAUCAGUAUAUGUGUGUCUGUAUUCUGUGAAGAGUUACCUCAUGAGCUAGGCGAUUUUGCAAUCCUGUUGAAUUCAGGUAUGACUGUGAAGAAGGCUCUGAUGUAUAAUUUCCUAUCAGCAUGCAUGUGUUAUUUUGGUCUCAUUGUUGGUAUAUUACUUGGAGAGAAUACAACAGCACAUGACUGGGUGUUUGCAAUAGCCGCUGGAAUGUUCCUGUAUAUAUCUUUGGUUGACAUGAUGCCAGAAAUGAACAGUGCAGCAGAGUCCGAAGAAAAUAAGAAGAAUAUAGGUUCAUUUCAGAUCUUUAUUCUACAGAAUGUUGGAUUAGUUCUUGGAUUCACUGUAAUAUUGAUAAUGUCUAUUUAUGGAGGGGAAAUUAACUUUGAAAAAUGAAGGUGUAAGCUUAAACAAAAAACAAAAGUUUGAGUGUAUAAUGUGGGAUAUAUAUUUUGUUUUAAAUAUACAUGUUAAUAACUGUUUGAAACAGAUGUAAAAAGGAGGGAUUACUAUUAUUUAUGACAUUUUUGUAUUAAUAAUUGUAUUAAAUUAAUGGAGGGGAAAUUAACUUCUAAAAGUGAAGAAGACACAGUAUGCUUUCUGUUGGGAAGAUGGAGGGGGAAAAUGAUCAUUGAAAAGGAAAUAUAUAAGUCACGAAGUGGACAAAAUUUUUGAGUGUGUAAUGUGGGAUAUAUAUUUUAUUUUAAUCAUCAUGAUCAUACAGGAUAACUGUUUGAAACAGUUUUGAAAAGGAGAGAUUAUUAUAAUUCAUAACACUUUUAUAUUAUGAUUUUAUCACUUUAAUGGAGGGGGAAUUAUCUUUGAAAAAUGAAGAAGACACAGUUUGUUUUCUGUUGAUAAAAUGGAAGGGGGGAAUUAUCAUUUAAAAUGAAGGUUUAAAUUAAAACAUUGUAAGGGCUGUUCUAUAAAAACAUACAUGGGACCCAGGGAAGUCACUUCCAAAUCUCAACUAUGGGUGGGUGUCAUCUAUGAUUUUGCAUAGUGGAAAUGUAAGUUAAAUUCUAAUAUUCCUCUAUAGGUGGUUAGCCCAUUUUUACAGUGCCUUCCCUGGGUAUCAUAUAUGUUUUAAUGGAACAGCCCUAAGCAAAAAUUUGAGAGUGUAAUGUGGAAUAUAUUUUAUUUAUACAUGAUAACUGUUUGAAACAGUUUUAAAAAGGAGGUAAUAUUAUAAUUCAUGACAUUUUUAUAUCAAUGAUUUUAUUUAAAUACAUUAAUGCCAAAUUAUUAUAUUUCAUUAGGUGAUUUUCAUAUAUGAUACAUGAUUAUUGCAGAGGUCGACUUAACAAAAUUUAAAAGUAUGGCCAAUAGGGCCAGUUAGAUUUACUGGCCCAACUCAAAUAAAAUUUGCCCUAAUAAUACUAUCUAAGUGAAAAAAUAGUCAGAUGUAAUGGCCAAUGGGGCCAGUAAUCUUUAUGUUUAACUGGCCCUAUCGAAAUUCUACUGGCCUUGGGCCAGAGGGCCAGUGCUUAAGUCAACCCCUGUAAUAUUGUUGACUUACACAUUUUCUUUAAGUGAAUGCAAAGUUAUACUUCUACCAUAAGUUUUUUUAUAUUGAGAAUAUCAAUAGAACUUUCCUGUGAUAUUUGAAUUUUCUUUCAUGACAUAGAAGAAUGUUUGGAUCUCACAAUUAAUCAUUAGCUUCCCAGGCACAGCUAUUUAGAAUACAUAUGUUAUGCUGAUGUCAUAUUUUUUAUAAAAUAAUUUCAACCAGGAAUUUUGGCAUCAAAUCAAUAAGUUUAUUUAAAACUGUUUUUUUCAUAUUGAAAAAUAUGGAUUGUUUAUAUGUAUUAUUUAUCAAUAUUCUCUGGAAUGCUACUCAUAUAUGGCACUUUUAUCUGUCUAAUAAUUACAGUGUUACAAACAAAAAGUCCAUUUUCAAAGAUGAAACAAUUUCUUCCUUUUAGCCUAGUUUUAGAAAGAUAUAAAAUAAUUUAUCUAACAAUUUAAAAGAUCAAAUUGCUUUAGAAAGUUACGCUUUAAAUACGAUGAGCUAUAAUAAAUUGUCUGACAAAGGCCAUUUCUGAUUGAAUUCCAGUCCAAUCGUGUAUAUUAUUUAUAUUUUUAUUAAAUUCACUGAUCAUUAUAUAUUUGAUAUGCUAGAUGUUUUAUAGUGCAUUGUUUUUUGCUAUUUAGAUAUCUACAACAUAAACCUUAUUUACAGAGGUAUUUUGAAUUCAGUUAUUUGUGUACUGAUUUUAAUUUUAUUAUCAUCCACAUUCACACAUAACUCAUAAGACAAUCAGUGUACGUGGUUUUCACAAAUUUAUUUUGAUCAUUAUUUUCUUCAAAGUUAUAUAAUGUUUGUUGUAAUUUAUCUAAGCAUUGAUAAAAUCAAAAGUUUGAAUACUGCAAAUUCAGAAAUUAUUGCGAGGUUUUAUUAAUGUGAAUAAUGUGAUUGGGUGAAUAUCUCAAUAAUAAGAACUCGCAUUCUGAUAUCUGAUACAUAUAUCUGUAUGCAGAUUUUCCUGAAAUCACAAUAAUUAAUCUCACAUUUAUGUGAAUUUUUCAAAAAUUGCAGUAAUAAAUGCACGCAAUAAUUUCUGAAUUUACAGUAAACAAAAAAUAUUGGAAGGAUUAAAGAUAAAAUUGAGCAUUUUUUUCAUUAACCAGGUCCAUUUCAUUUAGAAUUUUUUUGAAACUCACUUCCAGAAGCCCUUAUCUGUUUGAAUGCAUUUAGAAGUAAUAACAAAGACUUGUAAACCUUGAGUCAAAAUACUGUGUCUUUGUAGGGUGACAUGUCAUCCUGUGGGCUGUUACCUUGUGAACUAGCACUCAAUCGGUCUCAGUGUGACUGUGUUGGUCUAGUACAGAGCAGGGUUCAUAUUCAUAUUACAUUAUCAUGUUCUAGUCCUGAAUAUGCAUUUAAUUUGCUACUGGACUUAAAACAGCAAUCCAUCCAUCCAUGCCGUUGUGAUUCCUUCAAUGGGUGUCUGGAUAGGGCUACAUUAUAUAUAUAUAUAUACUUUACAUAAUACUGUAAAAUAAAACCUGGGGUUUAGGAAAGAUAUUGAUUUUUAAACUUAAGUUUAACAUUUUUUUCUUGUUAUACUUUAUGUCUUAUAAAUUAAAAGUCACAUAUGUAUUUUAACUAAUAUUCCAGAUGUCAAAGACAAUAAAUGUGUUUUUCAUCGAUUGAUUUGUCUUGACUAUUAGAUGAAUGAAUAACUUGGUAAACAUCUGAAAAUGUUGCUCAUGUUUAAUGGUUGUUGUAAAAGACUAUUUGAUGAUUAUCACCUGUCUGACUAUUGGGCAAUUAAAAGAGCCUUGAUAUAUUUGCAUGGGUAAUUGUUUUACAAAAUAUUACUGUAAGAGAACAACAUGAUUAUUAAUAUGAUUGAUAGUAUUAGUACUGUGCAAAAGGAAUUUUGUACAAAUGUUAUUUCAGCAGAUGUUUAUUAAUGGGACAAUGCCCUUAGCUUGUGUACAGGACAUUUACCUUUAUAUCAAAUGAUGAUCAAUAUAAACUGAUCAGUAUGUGCAAGGUUAAUAGUUCAUGCAUGACAAAAUCAUAACUUCAAAAAUAUAUUGCAUAUCAACACAUUAAAAAUACAUUUAUCAAGAUCACAAGAUUCUUUUAUACAAGAUUCAGAUUUAAAAUGUUUUGUUGUGUCAAAUGUAUUUAAUGUUGCACCAAGUCUAGUGAAAAAGACUGUACUGCAGUGUUGUUCUAGUAUGCUAUGUAUUUGUUAUAUGUCAUGAAGGAAAGGAGAUACAAGAAAUACUUCAAAACAAUCUUAACAAAAUAUAUAUUUUCAUGUAUUAUUAAGUCUCUAUGAUUAAUCUAGUCUUUUUAAAAAUAUAUAUAUUUGUAAUAUAGCAAACAUAUUCCUGGUUUUAAAAAUAGUGUUUAAUAUGUAUAAUGCUGUAGAAAGAUUUAUAUUUCUUGGGACAAAUUUCCUUUAAGUAAAAAGUAUGAAAUUCAUUGACUUAACAUUUUUGUAUGUACAUGUAUUAUUAUAUUAAUAUAUUUUUAGUGUUAUAUAGCGUCAAAUUUAAUUGUUGGUUUAUCUUAUUGAUUCUUUCUAUCUUGCUUGAAUAAAGCAAGUAAAUUCACAAAAACAAUCUUUCGAACUGAUAUACUGUAAUAUGGACAGAAUAAUUAGUACUUUGGAACCUGUUUUUACAGUAAAAUACUCCUGCCUUCAAAUUAGUAGACUGUCAAGACAAUUUUUAUUUCAGAACACAUUUAUUUCCUGUAAAUUUCCUUGCUUUUUUUAAUGUCCUAUUUAGAAAUUGUUUCCAUAAAUUAGUUAUUGUUUAAAAAAGGAUGUAAAUGCAAAAUUAUAACAUAACUUCUGAUAAAUUCAGAUUCUCUUUAACAAACAUAGAAAAUAGCAUGUAAAUAGUAAAUUUAGUAAAUUUAGGACUGGUAUAUUUAUUUAUAUGUCUUGAACCUUUGUGUUAGUAUGUUUAGGUAGAAAGAUAAUUUGUUUAUAUGGUUUGAUAUUGUUGUGGUGUAAAACAUUCAAGGUAUUCUAAAAUGUUACUAACAUUUUUAUUAUUGAAGGAAAUACCAGAAUAACAUAUGUUGCAUGAUUUUUGUUUUAAGCAGUCGUGUUGAUUUUAAGCAUUUAUAUAUUGACAGCAUUUUUUAAGUGGUGUUUUAUGAAUUUUUGUAUUUUGAUAAUUUAAUCUCUUGCAAAAAUCCAUAUGCUUAUCAGAAUCAGUUAGUUUUACAAUGUACACUUAUUAUUUUAGAAACGAACUCCUUCAGUCAAAGAAUACCUCAGAUUAAUUUGGGUAUCCUUUUUAGGUCCCUUUGGUCAUAUAUCUAACGUGGCAACAUAUUUUUACAUCCCUGGCUUUCAGAUGUUUAUGUUUGUGUUUUAGUGUUCCUGAUGAAUCCAGAAAAGAGCUGUGGAGGCACGACAUUUAUAAAGUCCUUAUUUUCAUUUAUGAAACAAAUUUCUGUAAGCAUCACACAUAAUUCUGGAAUAAUCUUUCGGGUACACUCAAAAGGAAAGUUUGCUAAGCCACAUAAAUAAUUCAUUUGGAAGCAAUGAGGACCUAAGGGCUGUUCCAGGAAUAAUUGUAUUGGGGUUCAGAAGGCAUUUUUGUGUACCCUGCAGUUUGUAAAUUUUUAAUUGAAGUGUCCUCUGACCCCACCCAAAGCCCCAAUUCCUUGCAAUAACAUCUUGAGCAGCACUCAGCAGCACAAUCAAAAUCUUCUAAGGUCUGUCUCGCCUUUGGGAGGUAAAACCUUAGGUAAUUACAGAAAUGAAAAUUUAUAUCAUCUAUCUAUUCUUUUCAAUUCUAUCAUGAGGAUAUGUGAAGUGUUUAACACAUUCAAGAAAGAAUGCAUGACUUGGAAAUAUCUGAUAGUUGAAGUGCUAGAUUAAGGAUCUUGCAUAAAAAUAUUACUAAUAUAACUUGAUAACAAUUUCUCAAAAUAACAUUCAUGUUCUCCCAAUAUUUUUGAUAUGUUUAUCUUUUAUUUUUCCUAUCUGUCUACUCAGAUAUUGUUAUCCAUCAGUUGAAUUGAAAUUACAUGUAGAAUUACAGACCAUAUUCUUCUAUUGUUAGCAUGGUAUUAAGCUGUCAAAAGAGGUGUGUUUUGUUUUGUUUUGUUUUGUUUUAUUUUAUAUAAUUGAUUGUGUGUUGCUUUAACUGUUUUGUUAUGCAAAUUAUUCAGCAUAGAAUAUCUCUUGUACAAUUUGUACUGUUAGUUUGAAUUUUUUUUCUUAAUGAUGUGCUGAAAUUUUAUACAACAUGCAAAGAUGGAUAUCAUGAUUGUGUGUUAUCAUAAAGUACUAUCAUAAUUUUCAGUUUCUAAUUACAAAAAUAUGUAAGUGUUAUUUCAAUUUUACAUUUAGUCGAAAUCCAAUAGCUGCAUAUAUUUUUAUAUUUGUAUGAAUUGUUUCAGUCUUAAAUAAGAACAUAGAUAUAAAAAGAGUGCUCUUGCCACAAAAGUACCUGUCUUAAAAGCAUAUUUUAUUGAAAAUUGUUUGUUCAGUCUUAAAUUAUCAAAUGCUGUUGAAAACAUUGUUACUCAUAAAAGUCAGCCUUUCAUUUCUAAAUUCAUGAGUUUAACACUGUUUCUGGCAAUUUACAUUUGACUUUGAUCUUAAAAUAACAAUGAUUGUCAGUUAUCCAGUUGAUGGUUCUAUUCAGGUACUCUGGCUUCCUAAUCCAACAAAACCUGGCUGCUAAGGUCGUUGAAAGAGGUGUUAUUAACCAACAAAUUAACAAAUAAAACUCAGUAAAAUUAGAAAUGCCCAGGAUAAUCAGGAGGAUGUACAUUGACAAUACCAUGAUUGAUAAACCUAAGUUCUGCUUGAGCAGUUUCGAUUUAGAUACAAUUUUGAUUAAAUUGAUCAUUUGCAUGAAAUAAUGGAAGAGGUGUUUUUGUUGUGAAAGACACAUUAUUAAAUAAAUUUUUUCAUGGAAAGAGGAAGUUUUCACUUGUUUCUUACAUUUCGAUUUUUAAAUUAUAAAUUUGUUGCUACUUUUUCCCAAUUAUCUCCUCCUGAACAUAAUAUGUACAAAAUUAUUAGCAUUGCAUGCUGAUGUAUUUAUUAUAUAUAUCGUAUAUCAAUUUUGAAAGUGUGAAAUAUGUCUCCUGUCACUUUUAUUUCUUCAUGAAGACAUUUAUUCAACUGGGGAAAAAAAGGAUAGAAUUAUUUAUGUUCAGGCAGUUGAUGCAGUUAAUACACUCUAUUUAUUAAAAAAAAAUGAUUACACAAAUGUCCAUAUUUUCUAUUUACACUAAAUAUUUAUAACAAUGUCUCAAAAUGAAAACAUACGUUAUAAAUAUGGUUCAUCUGAGGCGUUUUUCUAGAUCUACCUGCAUCAGGUACAUUCAAAACCAAAGAUUUGAAAGCCAAGGAUUUAUAGGUACUUUGAUACGUGUCAAAUCAGUGAAUAUAAAAUAGCCUAAUAAAAAAAAAAGGUCAACUUUGUCUCAAGUUAUUUCUGAUCCGCACUUUCUCAAAUCAUUCAAUCAAAGUUUAAUUAAAGCAUCAGUUUUCAUGCAAGCCUUUAAAUUAUGCAAUUGUACUACCACUGUGUCGAAAUAAUUUAAUGAAGGACCUUGUUUCAUACAAAUUUAAAAAAAAAAUCCUAUUUGAAAACUCAGUUGGCCCAAAUUGAGUCAGAUUGCAUAGAGGGGGAAUUUUUGGUAAGGAUGAUAUCCAGUGAUAUCUCAUAAUCACUACAAUGAAGGCUACUCUUAGACAUACAAAGAAUGUCCAAUAUUAAUAUGAUUGAUCUUAAUUUCUAGUGCCUACCUAAAUAUAUUAUUUUCAUUUCAUACAAGCACAAUUACAUUCAGACUGUUCAUAAUGGAAUCAGUUGAAACCAAAUUGAAAAAAAAACAUUUAUUUAAUUGUCGUCCAUCUAUUAUGAUUUAAGCCUUACUACAAUAACAAAUUUGGGGAAAAUGCCAAAUAAUAUAGAUAAAUGAAUUAGGGGAGAAUGACAAAAAUUUGAAUUAAUGAAUGAAGUCAAUCAUCACUGCCAGUUAAAUGAUGCAGCUUCUUUAUAAUUCCUUUCAUGUUUUUACUGACUUAUUAUAGGGUCAUAUUCUAACUAUAACAACUGCUGUAAAAAAUUUCAAUUAACAGGUUUCUAUUAUUUUUCUUUACUUAUUUGUCAAUCAAAGUUCAGUUUAGCAUCUAUCUUAAUUAAUGUUUUAAUUUUAAUAUUUUUAAUUAAAUUAUUCUAUUUAGUAGAGGACUCAUUCACCUACCUUUGUACAAAGUUAGUAUUCACAGAUCCAGUCUACUCAACAUUCCAAGCUGCUCAAAUAGCAAACAGUCAGCAUAUUUUGGUAAAUUGGAUCCUUGACUUGACAUAUUUAAGCAUUGUUUUCAAGCCUUACAUCCAGUCUUAAAGUCAUAUGAAAAGAUUAAAAGAUCUUCAGGCGAUUUUGAAAUAUAUUGAAAAAUCAAUUGACUGUAACUGUAACAUGAUUGCUAUUAUUAUGAAAUGACUAAAGGCAUACAUCAUUCUACUUUAUCAUGUAUAAGUGGUUAUAGAAUAUAUUUAUUGUAACAGUAUACAGAAUUUAUACUCAUGUCAGUCAGACACACAAACUGUUCAGUUUUUAGAAUGUCAUAUACAGUGAUCUCAUGACUUAGCUAUAGGGCAUAGUAAUUUUUAUUUAACAUCAUAUUAGGAUAACACUAUGAUAAGAAUGAAAAAUGUGUGCGUUUUAACAUGAUUCUCAGUAAUAAAGACACGAUAUUAUCCAAACAGUA